AUGUCUGAGAUAUUUCUCAGCACAAUGAAGAAGUUCGACCUCCUACCUCUCUUGCAUUGUACUGUGUCUGACAAUGCAAGUAACAACACCAGAUUCGCCCAGUGUCUUGCUGAUAACCUGGACCCAUCGACCCAUCACUACAACUCACUGGGCACCCACAUCUCUUGCUUGGCUCACGUUGCUGCCCUUGUGGUGAAGGCCAUGCUUCAUUGUCUGUCUGAACACGACGAGAUCAAUAUCAUUGAGAAGCUUCACAAACUCGCUGUCACUAUUAGAUUGAGUCCUCAGAGGAGAGAGAAAUAUUACAAUGACUUCAUCUUAAAAGACGAGGAUGACAUCAUCAAAUUGCCCAAAGUCAGAGCACCGACCAGAUGGGAUGGUGAUUAUUUGAUAUUGGAAAGAGCUGUUGCCAUCAAGCAGACACUUGUGAAUAUCUGGAAACAGCGUGAAUACUCUGAGUUCCAGUUGGAUGCAACAGAAUGGAGGAUGGUGGACUCGCUCAUUCGUCUACUUGAGCCAUUCAGAUUCGUGACCCUUCAGGUUCAAGAGGCCUCCAACAACAUCUCCACGACCUACCCUCAUUACGAGUACAUGUUCUCCCAUCUUGAACAUGAAUCGAAGAACAAAGGUGUCAUCGGCAAGCUCUGCAAAUUGGGACGUGACAAGCUCAAAGAGUACUAUGGUAGAUCAGACGUCCAAUCACACAAGUACUAUUGCAGCACUGUGUUGAACCCCUCGUACAACGCUCGAUUCUUUAAGACAUUUGACAAUGGAAAGUACUACCAAGCAGCCAUGGAUGCCUUCGAAAAGGAAUACAACCACUACCAAACCACAGAUCCUCGUCGGGAGAUCCGCAACCCCACAGAGUCUCAUGAUGUCAACCAGAAGAAACCAACACAAUUAUGGUCGGCAGUAAUGAAGAAGGCCAAACCUACCGCUGUCAAUGAAUUGGCAAUCUAUCAAAAGGAGGAAUCGAGAGAGAUAGAUGACAUCCUUCUUUGGUGGCGUGAUCACGAGACAACAUAUCCGGUCUUGGCCCGCAUGGCGAAGGACUUCCUAUCUAUUCCUGGCGCGUCUACCUUUUUGGAGGAAUCAUUCAGUGCCGGACAGGACACCAAGAACAGAGGUUCAAUGAAGGAGGACCUGAUUAAUGCCACAUUCACCACUGGCUCUAUCACUACCCUCAGGAGAAACAUUGAUUCGAAAUAA